UAUCAUAGUCAAUAUAGUCAUACUCAUAGAAUGCAAAAUCAAAAUUAGGGCUCUUCCCUUUCCCCAAAUUGUGACCCAUUUGUCUAAUUUGACAAAAUCUGGCAUAAACCCUGGACCCUUCCUUGUAGUAAGCUAAGGCCCUCUUUGAUUGAUUGCAGAAGGAAGCUCAGAUAGUUCUCGAAACUAGAAUUGUAGCCACGGAGGAAGAAGAAGAAGAAGAAGAAAAAUGGCAGAAAACAACAUAGGAACUGAUGCUCCUCCCAACGUGACCAUCUACAUCAACAAUCUCAACGAGAAAAUCAAGCUCGACGAGUUGAAGAAGUCGCUUAAGGCAGUGUUCUCUCAAUUCGGCAAGAUAUUGGACGUUUUAGCUUUCAAGACGCUGAAGCACAAAGGCCAAGCUUGGGUGGUUUUCGAAGACGUGUCUUCCGCCACCAAUGCACUUCGCCAAAUGCAGGGCUUCCCCUUUUACGACAAGCAUAUGAGAAUACAAUACGCCAAAACAAAAUCAGAUGUAAUUGCUAAGGCUGAUGGUACUUUUGUUCCACGGGAAAAACGAAAGAGGCAUGAAGAAAAGGGGAAGAAGCGAAAAGACCAACAUGAUCCUAAUCAAGCUGGAAUGGGUCUGAAUCCUGCUUAUCCUGGUGCCUAUGGUGCAGCACCUCCUAUGUCACAAAUACCAUAUCCUGGUGGAGUAAAAUCUAUGGUACCGGAAGCUCCUGCUCCGCCAAACAACAUACUGUUUGUUCAGAAUCUUCCCCAGGAAACACAACCCAUGAUGCUUCAGAUGCUCUUCUGUCAAUACCCGGGUUUUAAGGAAGUUAGAAUGGUGGAGACGAAGCCUGGUAUAGCCUUUGUGGAGUAUGGAGAUGAGAUGCAAUCAACAGUUGCCAUGCAGGGACUCCAAGGUUUCAAGAUGACACAGCAGAACUCAAUGUUAAUUACUUACGCUAAGAAAUAGGCAAUAUAGACCAUUACUGUUUUAUGUUAUCUCUUAAUGAACUUUUGAGCUUUGGUCCUAACUUGAAUCUUGUCAAUCUUUUGAGUUGUGGUAUAUUGAGCGAGACAUUUUUUCU